ACCUCAACAUCACUAUCUUCUGCAUGUGAUAAACCAGGUAUAGGUUUCCUAGGUAUUACCAAAAAAUGGGUAGGUGCUUGAGGAUUAACAUCAUGAAAGGCCAUACACUAAAAGUAAAAAAAAUAAUAUUACUAAUGGAAGUAACACAAUUAAUGAUUGCAGAAAUGACCCUAACCUUUUCAUCUUCAUAGAUAACUUUAGCCGGUAUUUCUUUUCUCAAAAUUUUUCCAAAUAUUGUAUCACCACCUGCAGUAGCUCCUUGAGCUUUGGAAACUUCAUCUGUCAUCACUGACCUUUUAAUUGUAUUUGUCAAAACUCUGAUAUUUGAAUUACUUAUAAACUUACAGCUGGAGGUCUUAAGUAAUUGAAUCGAUAUCAUGUUGGACACUUAUUAAUCAUCUGUAUAGGGUUAGAAAAUAUUUUAGGAAGAAUGAAAUUUCGUUUUGGAAAGUACAUUAAUAUUAUUGAGAAAAUUGGAUAAAUAAAACUAAAUUGUAAAAAAAUGAGCUAAAAUGUAAGAAAUAUUGAUUAUUAUAGCAGCAAGGAGAAAGGAAAUGGAAUCAAUUUAAUCUGAGAAUAUAAAUAAACUGCUGCUAGUUUACUGAUAUUCAAACCAUUAUAGUUGUCAACUUUAGCUCUUUUAUGUUAUGAUCAGCAAAGAAAGAGAAUUAUUAGUAUAGGGGAUCCUCAUAAGAAUUAUACCUACAUAACGUGUGUUGAGGAAGAAAUGGAUAAAUGAAGUGUAAGAAGAACAGAGUAGAUAAAUCAUGAAAGAAAGAAGAAAAAAAAAAAAAAGGAUUUAUGCGCUUCUGUUAAACAUUUAAACAUGUGGUUCCUAUCUUGCCUUUUCAGUUAUACAGGAGUUUUCUCAAGCCAGGAGUGGCAGCGGAGGAUUAAUACCAGAGUUAAAAGUUACCUGGGUGCUGAGAUUUGAAAAUAUAAUCUCCGGUUUAUCAGGUUGCCGAUAUGCCCGUUCCCAAUAUAUUCGAUAACCGAAAAAAAAUUCAGAGAUAGUUAAAGGGACUAAAAAUGGAGUCUCUUGUUAUAAAUAUGGUCCACUUGCUAAGAACAGUGUGGCCGAGCGGGCUAAAACGUGUGCAAAAUACGUAUUGGCUUUGAGGCUGAUAAACCAAAGUUUACUUGAUAAAAUAAUUACGGUUUUGCAUCUCGGUUUCGAACUUUUAACCACUGGAUUAAUCCCUCGCCUGCUCACCUGUCAGAAGAAAACUCCGUGUUGCUUAAAAGUAAAGGAAGUGAUGAACAGAAAAAAAAUAAGGUCUACUUGUCAAUGGGACCCCAAGAUAAGUUACACCUAUCUUAAUAAUUAAAUAAAUUUGUUUGAUGAUUUAAAUUAUAAUUACAGUUAUUAAGAGAUCGUAUGAAUAUUAGCCAUUAUCAACAGUGUCAACUUUAUAGUGCAUAAACUAGAAAUUUUUUCAAUAAGCGGUACCUCUAUAUUUGAACUAAUCGAUACUUAAUGACUUCAGUAAACUUGUUUGAAUAGUCAUUCAGUUGGGUAUCAUACUUUAUUUUUCUCCUAGUUUUGAGAAAUUAUUCGCAAUGUUGAAUAUAUCUGAUGCUAUGACAUCUUUUGAGCGUAAUUCUAUCAGAAGUAACGACAGCACACUUGAAGAUCAUCAAGUUAAAAUUAUCAAAGCUCCGGAUUUUCUAACUAGGACUUUAUAUCCUAUGACAACUACAGCAUCUGUGGUUGGAAUCAAAUUCAAUAAUGGUGUUGCUAUUGCUGCAGAUGUUGGUGGCUAUUAUGGAUCAUUAAAUCGUUUCAAAUCUCUUGAUAGGCUCUACAAAGUUAAUAACAACAUUGUAAUGACAACAACUGGAGAUUAUGCCGAUUUUCAAUACAUGAGAGAGUUAAUUCAACAAAAAGUUAUCAGUGAAGAAAUUUUAGAUGAUAGUUUUUCCUUAAAAGCCUUUUCUCUUCAUACUUGGCUCACUCGCCUGAUGUACAACAGAAGGUCAAAAUUUGAUCCCUUGUGGAAUAAUGUUAUUGUUGCUGGUUAUGAUAACAAUGGACCCUUCCUGGGAAUAGUGGACAAACUAGGUAUGAGUUAUGAAGAUAGUUGUGUAGCCACUGGUAUGGGUGGAUAUCUCGCUACUCCGCUCUUGAGGGAUGUGUUUGAACGCGGUAAAGGAAAUUUGACUAAACAAGAGGCCCAUGCUGCCCUUCAGAAAUGUAUGGAAAUCUUGUACUACAGAGAUACACAAUCACUUCCUAAGGUAAAUAUUUAUGACUUUGGGCCCUGGUCAUUUACAAAUUGUUUUAAUAAAAAUAAAAUUGAACCUUUUCGCUUCUUGAGUGAUGAGCUUUACCUCUACUACAGUGCUAAGCAAUUUCUACUGGCUUUAUUGUAUUUAUUUAAUUUUUUUUUUCGGCAGGCUGUGGACUGAAACUACUGGAGUUAAUACUUUUUUAUUGUAUUUAUUUAAUUUUUUUUUUAAUACUUUAAAAUAUUUAUUUAACGUAAAUAAAUAAUUAUAUUAAAGUUAUUCUGCUUUAAUAUAAUUGUUUUAUUUUAUGCAAUCUAAAAACACAAACAUUAAAUGCUAUCAGUAGGCAGUGAACUUUUUUAUCAUUAGAGGCUGCAUUUUGAUCUAGGCAGUAAUGUUUAUUUAUUUUCUAUUUCUGUAUUAUUUUUAUUUGUUUAAAUAAUUUAUAUUUUUUUUUCAUAAUCUAUAUAAUAAAUACCAGAGAUGGCAUUGACCCUACUGAUGGUUUAAUCAGUGGCUUUUAAGUAAAAUAUGUUUAGUUGUGAGGGAAUCUUACCAGGAAUCAGUUAAAUACAAACAUAAAUCUUAACUUGUUCUACUUACCUCUUGUAAGGUAGGAGUGAGUGUGACUUAUCAACUUUUCAAAUAAUAUAUUAACGUUCCGAUUCAUUGGCAAUGAAUCUUUUUCAGCUUUUAAAAGAAUGUUUUAGUAUUUCAAACUAUUUUAUUUAUAUAAAUACUCACUUAUUAUUUUCUUUUAUAGUUCCGAAUUGCAACAGUCACCGAAGAAGGUGUUGAAAUAUCACCUGAAUUAGAAGUAGAAGGUAAUUGGGAAAUCGUCAAACAUUCUAAGGGAUUUUGAGGCGAUUUAUUUUUAUACACAUAGGUGGCUAUACUUUUCUUAAGAAUGUCACUUUAAAAUUUUGUAAAAAAACAAAAAAACUAAUAAAAUUCAAUUUUGUUUUGUAUAAUCUUAUUUGUUAUUAUUAAACCUAAAAGAUGUAGCCCUCAAUUUAUUUUGAUGCUCUCCUGUCAUUGUUAUGUUUUAUUCCAAUUUAGGUGCUAGACUGCCUUUGAUAGAUUUUAAGUUAAUUAGUUUGAUAGAUUUUAAGUUGAUAACAAAAAUACAUUCUAUUAUCUGAUGGAUAUAUUCAAUUCUGCUGGUUGAAUGUUAAUGUUAAGUCAGAGUUAAUUUUGAACAAGUGAAAGUUUAUAUUUGUUCUUUGUAUGAUUUAACAUUAUAUACUGGCAGUUAUAUAUAUAUAUAUAAAAUAUAUAUAUUUUUAUAUAUAUAUAAAAAUUUUUCGGAAAUAAUUUUUCACCUUUUCAUAAAUAAUAACCCUUCUGCACUCAGCUUGUGCGGCAUUUUAACAAGGAUUAUGAAUUACUAAAGUACUAAACAAUGGCUGAAAUGUAGGAAGAAACAUUUUUAUGAGAUUGUGAUAUUCUCUUCAAGGGCAUACUCAUCUUAAGCAACCUAGGAGGAGUCAGAACUUUGAAUUUAGAAAAUUUGGCUCAUGCUGAAGAAAACAUAAGUCUGGAAAAAUUAACACCAUUUUGAAGAUUGACUCAUCUAAAAUACACAACACACAGCUUAUACAGAUCAUAAUCAAUAUUUUAAAAUUUUCAAUUUCUAAGAGAUCUUCAUGAAAAAAAUUUAAAAUGGAUCAUGGAUGACAAGUGACUAAUGAUAGGUUCAGCAAUGGUAAUGAUAAUGAAGGGGAUUUCUAAAUUAAUAAGAUUGAUUGGUUAAUAAUGAAAUAACAUGUUGAUGCCUUCAGACGGAAAAAUUCAUUUAUACAAGUUUCAAGUGUUAAAAAAGAAUAACAACAUUCAGUAACAAGCUCUGUUCUUUCCAUUUUUGUAAUUAUAUAAAACAAAAAUUACACACUUAAGACAAGCAUGUUAUCGUUAACUCGAUAAUACACAAAUAAUAUCUUAUAAUAAGGAAAGCAGUUUAUAAAUAGAAAUCAAAAACACCAUGUACUUAGGUAUAAUUGAGGAUAUUCAAAGUUGGGACAAAGUACCUGUCUUCAUCGAUUAUAUUGAAGAUGGGUGCAAUGUAGCACUACAUACCUAAACAUAUGGUUACGUCCUUAUAUCAGAGUAGGCAUUAUUGAAAAAAUUUUUACAAUUUAUUAAAAUAAAUAAAUAACCUAUCUAUUUAAUAUUACAAAACAGAUAAAAUGGCCUGAAAUAAGUAGGGGCUGAUAAGUUAUCCUAUACACUAACUAAAAUUAAGAUGAUAUGAAAAUAGGAAAUUUGGUUUCAAAAGAAUAUCCAAAUGAAAAUGACUUGAGUUACUUAACUAAAAACUAGUAAUUAUCAAAUGAUACAAGAAUGAUGAGGUGAGUUAACUAAUAAAUAUUAAGUAUUAUAUUAAAUAUUAGUUUAAUAAAUUUAAUUUUUAACAAACACUUUGUUGUGAUAAGACUACUAAUCUUUAGACAAAAAUAGAUUAUUUGACAGAGCAUAUAUCUCACAUUCUCCAAAGUUUUUAAUAGCUGUCUAGAUAUUAGUCAUUACACAAGGUCAACAAAAUUUGACAAUUGAAUUUACCUUAAUUAAAAAUCUGCUUAAAAGGAAGAUCUAUCAGCUGGACAAAGCUUACACUACCUUUACAGGAUUUGAAAAAGUUUUAAAAACACCUAAUUGUGUCCAGGAAAUUACAUAAGAAAUAUUUUUAAUUUUAUGUAUAUUUUUACAUGUAAGUUUUCUUUUAUUUACAAAUAAAAAUAAAACAAGAGUUAUAAUUUUUUUUCUCAAUAAAUUAUGUUAAAAUACAAAUAUGUGGAGCAUUGGUUAUGUCACUUUCAUUCAUACAUAAACGUAUGAAGGAUGAAAUUCCAGUCAAAUGAAUUAAGAAAAAAAACACACCUAGUAACACCACACUACAAAGGAAUGUUAUGUAAACUAUGUAAACAAACAGCAUUCACAAACUCUGAAUGUUACUUUUUCAAAUCUCUGUAAAGAAAUCAUGUUCUUACAAUUUAAUCACAAAACUUCAAGUUUUAAGUACAAUUAUGCAGUGAAUUAAUCUCUUGCUAAAAUAACAAAGCGUUAAAAAAGAUUGGAAAGUGAUUCAAUAAUUUUGAGACUCUCUAAUGUAUCAUUGUUUGAACCUGCCAUCUCCACCAUUUCCACUAAGAAUAGCCUUGAUGUCCUCUGCUGCUAAAGUUUCAUACUUCAAUAAGGCUUCUGCAAGUAACUUAUGCUCUUUCUGAUGGGUUUUCAAAAUUGAUUUAGCUCGCUCAUAAGAAUCCU